UGUACUGCAAACCUCCAACACUCAGUUUUCUGAAGGACUGACAGACAGAUUCCGAAAAUGGCGUCCUUCAGAAUUCUGUCAAAAUCAGAGCAAUUUCAUAGAAAUAUAUCUUCAGUGAGAAGACAAAAAGGAGUACUGUCUAUGCAGUAUGGCAAGUGUGUUCCUCACCCUCGGGUGUGUGGCUGUUGCUUCUCCACCUCCUGCCCCAGGAAUGCCCGCUUCUUUACCGAUCCCACAGAGGCAGUGAAAGACAUCCCAGAUGGCUCCACUCUACUAGUCGGAGGGUUUGGUUUGUGUGGAAUACCCGAGAAUCUGAUUGGGAGUUUAUUGAAGACUGGAGUGAAAGAUAUCACAGCAGUCAGCAACAACGCUGGUGUGGAUAAUUUUGGUCUUGGUCUGCUGCUGAGGACCAAGCAGAUCAAGCGGAUGAUUUCCUCCUACGUUGGGGAGAAUGCAGAGUUUGAGAGACAGUACCUUUCAGGGGAACUGGAGGUGGAGCUAACGCCUCAGGGUACCCUGGCAGAGAGGGUACGUGCCGGCGGUGCUGGGGUCCCUGCCUUCUUCACGCCCACUGGGUAUGGCACACUGAUCCAGGAGGGAGGCUCACCCAUCAAAUACAACACAGACGGCAGUGUGGCCAUCGCUAGCAAGAAGAGAGAGGUGAGGGAGUUCAAUGGCAUCCACUAUGUCAUGGAGAGAGCAAUCACAGGGGACUUUGCUUUGAUCAAGGCCUGGAAAGCUGAUCGAGCCGGUAACAUUGUGUUCAGAAAAACAGCACGAAACUUCAACCAGCCCAUGUGUAAAGCAGCUAAAGUCACCGUAGUGGAGGUAGAAGAGAUUGUAGAUGUGGGGACCUUUGCUCCAGAAGAUAUCCAUGUCCCCAGCAUCUAUGUUGACAGGAUUGUGAAGGGGGCAGUCUAUGAGAAGAGGAUAGAGAAGAGAACGGUCCAGAAAGGCUCUAUGGAGACACCCAAACCCAAGAGGAAGGCAGACCUGCUCCGAGAGAGGAUCAUCAGGAGGGCAGCACUGGAGUUCCAGGAUGGGAUGUAUGCAAACCUCGGUAUUGGGAUCCCGAUGCUGGCCAGCAACUUCAUCAACUCUGACAUCACUGUGCACCUACAGAGUGAGAAUGGACUUCUGGGCCUGGGUCCUUAUCCCACCGAAAGUGAGGUAGACCCAGACCUUAUCAAUGCAGGUAAAGAGGUUGUAACGGUGGUUCCUGGAGCCGCGUUUUUCUCCAGUGAUGAAUCAUUUGCUAUGAUCAGGGGUGGCCACAUUGACCUGACCAUGUUGGGGGCCAUGCAGGUGUCUAAGUAUGGGGACCUGGCCAACUGGAUGAUCCCGGGAAAGAUGGUGAAAGGAAUGGGAGGGGCUAUGGACCUAGUGGCAAGUGCAGGAACCAAAGUGGUGGUGACCAUGGAGCAUUCUGCUAAGGGGGACAAACACAAAAUCCUGGAGAGUUGUACUCUCCCACUGACCGGGAAGCAGUGUGUGGAUAGGAUCAUCACUGAAAAGGCAGUUUUUGAUGUUGACAAGGCCAGCGGCCUCACUCUCAUAGAGAUCUGGGAGGGGCUGACUCCUGAUGACAUCACAGCUUGCACUGGCACAUAUUUUGCUGUGUCCCCAAAUCUAAGACCAAUGCAGCAGAUCUGAACCCAGUGACUCCAAAUCUUUCUGCAUUGCACAGAAUCCUUCUUUUAACAUUCCACGUGACCAUAGUGCUACAAAUGCAUGCAUACAUCAACUCUGGGAGAGAGGUAUAAAUAGACCAGCAGACUUGAAGGUAUUGACAGUUAAGAGUCAGUCGGCUACAACGUGCCUGCGACUUACAAUAGAAUCAGCUUGCUGAAGUCUAGGUCUACAAUGCAAUGACUGGUCAUUCCAAGCUGUAUAUGGUAUGAUCCAUGGCAGAUUGUUUUACUCUUAAAAUGGCAUAACUAAAUUUGUUUGAGUUUCAUAAUUUUACAGAGACA